AUGAAGGCGAGAAGAAAUAAAAAACAGGUCCCAAGCUUCCGUAAGUUGCUAAAAACAAGUAAAGUCAAACUUGAAAACAAGCUAAAAAACAAGCAAUUUAAACAACAAAGUACUCUCAAGAAGUACCGGAAAGAACAGAGGAAAUUAAGGCAAGCUGUCAAAGAUGCUGUGUCUAAGAAACCAGUUCCAUUGGAGGACCCAAAGGAAAAAAAGCGAGGUAAAAGGAUCCAGUGGGAAGAAGAGGAGGAAGAGGAAGCCCUUCCAUUAGAUAUGAUGGAUGAAGAUGAUUUACAGUUAAUGAAGGAUUUAGGACAAAGAGCAUCUUUUCUAACAAGAGAUCUUUCUUUGAGUGAGCCUGUUCACGCCGAGAAACGAAAGCAUGAGCGUAUUAUAGAUAAAUAUGAAAAAAUACCAAGAACGCUGCAAACUGCGCCAGAGAAGGAAGUGAUUCAUUUGCUUCCAAUUAAAGACAAAAGUGGUAUAAUCCCACAGACCAGGGAGAAGCCAGUUAUUGACAAUCAAGAUGAAGAGGACAAAGAAGAGAUGGAACUUGAAGAAGAGAUCAUUGAAGAACCAAUCAGACAGCUGACAUUGGAAGAACAUUUAAUUGAAAGGAAGAAAAAACUACAGGAAAAGAAAAUGCAUAUUGCAGCUUUAGCAUCUGCCAUAUUAUCAGAUCCAGAAAAUAAUAUUAAAAAACUGAAAGAACUACGUGCCAUGGUCAUGGAACAAGAUCCUGAUGUGGCUGUUACUAUUCGAAAGCUGGCAGUCGUUUCUUUAAUGGAGUUAUUUAAAGACAUUACUCCCUCAUAUAAAAUACGACCCCUAACAGAAGCAGAAAAAUCUAUCAAGAUCCGUAAAGAGACUCAGAAGUUAAGAGAAUUUGAAGAAGGUUUGGUCAGCCAGUACAAGUUUUAUUUGGAGAAUCUGGAACAAAUGGUUAAAGACUGGAAGCAAAGGAAACUGAAGAAAAGUAAUGUGGUUUCCUUAAAGGCAUACAAAGGACUGGCAGAAGUGGCUGUGAAGAGCCUGUGCGAACUGUUGGUGGCAUUACCUCAUUUCAACUUUCACAACAACAUCAUUGUACUGAUUGUCCCUCUUAUGAAUGAUGUGUCAAAAUCGAUAUCUGAGAUGUGUUGUGAAGCAGUAAAGAAGCUCUUUAAACAAGAUAAAUUAGGUCAAGCUUCUCUUGGUGUAAUCAAAGUGAUUUCUGGUUUUGUGAAAGGCAGAAAUUAUGAUGUUAGGCCAGAGAUGCUCAAAACAUUCAUGUGUCUAAGAAUCAAGGAAAUAGAAUUGAAAAAAGAUACUGAGGACAUUAAUAAACCAAAAAAAUUUAUGACUUUCAAGGAAAAGAGAAAAACUCUAUCAAGAAUGCAGAGAAAGUGGAAGAAAGCAGAAGAGAAACUAGAGCGAGAGCUUCGGGAGGCAGAAGCUUCGGAGAGCACAGAGAAAAAACUUAAACUGCAUACAGAGACUUUGAAUAUUGUGUUUGUAACAUACUUCAGAAUACUGAAGAAAGCCCAGAGGUCACCUCUUCUGCCAGCAGUUCUAGAAGGUCUUGCCAAGUUUGCUCACCUUAUAAAUGUGGAGUUCUUCGAUGAUUUAUUAGUAGUUUUGCAUACUCUCAUUGAGUCUGGUGACCUAAGCUAUCAAGAAAGUCUUCACUGUGUCCAGACUGCUUUUCAUAUACUUUCUGGGCAAGGUGAUGUUCUGAAUAUCGAUCCAAUGAAAUUCUAUACACAUCUUUAUAAAACACUGUUCAAGUUACAUGCAGGUGCUAUCAAUGAUGGUGUUGAGAUUGUACUCCAGUGUCUUGAUGUCAUGCUAACUAAGCGCCGAAAGCAGGUUUCUUUGCAGCGAGCCCUUGCUUUCAUCAAGCGCCUCUGUACCCUUGCACUUCAUGUUCUUCCAAAUUCAAGCAUUGGCAUUUUAGCAACUAACAGGAUAUUGAUGCAUACUUUUCCAAAAACAGAUCUGUUGCUUGACAAUGAGUCACAGGGAAGUGGAGUUUUCCUCCCUGAACUGGAUGAACCUGAGUAUUGUAAUGCUCAGAAUUCUGCUCUGUGGGAAUUGCAUGCUCUCAGGAGACAUUACCAUCCUGUGGUGCAGAGGUUUGCCACUCAUCUCAUUGCUGGAGCCCCUUCAGAAGGCACUGAAGCACUUAAACCGGACUUGAGUCGAAGAUCAGCUGUAGAACUUUUUGAGACUUACAGUAUGGCAGCAAUGACAUUCAAUCCUCCUGUUGAGUCUUCAAACACCAAAAGGAAGGGUAAAAUUUUAGCAGGAGAUUCAUUAUUGAAUGAAGAUUUACACCAGCUAAUCCAAAGACAUUGCAAUGAAAUUGAUACUCAGCUUUCUCUGGAUUUUGCGAAAUAUUUGAAAACAUCUCUACAAUAGUAGAAUGAAGAAGUGGACUUUUAUGUAUAUUUGUGUGUUUGUACAGAAGAUAUACU